AUGUUCAAGACAACCAGCUUCUCCCAUGCCGCGCUCUACACUCUCAAGGGUAUUCGGCAACCAAUGGAUCUCAUGUUAGUCACUCAAGGCGACAAACGGUAUUUCUCGUUUCUAUCACAAAAUAUCGGAUUGUUAGCAGAGUGCGAUCUUGAUACUGAGAGCUUGCGAUUCCUGGGCGGCAAAAGAUUUGCGGUCGGAUUCCUCCAACGCCUGUUCAAACCCCCCGUGUACGGGUGUGACCUCGCAGUCUACAAUUCCACUAGCCAACAUUCAACAGACCCUCAUUCUGAUCGCCUUGGCAGCGAUAUCAACGGAGAAAACCGGCACGGAUUACCCGGCUUGCAGCUUGGAUCCUUAAAUGACAGUCUGCCGGACAGCUGGAAGCGCGAGCAUCACCCAACAUUGGGUGUCUUUUGUGCAGGUCAAUUUCCAUUCGUGGAUGCCAAAUCUAAGGUAUUUCCUCACGCAAGACCUGAUGAUGGAUUAGUGGAUAUCAUAAUUGUGGAUUCUGGAAUUGGCACUUGGAGACUUUUGCAAUGGCUCAAGAGAGUACCGGAAGGCAAUCACUUGGCAAUGCGCGAGGUUCAUCACCGGAAAGUAUCAGCCUACCGGGUUGUUCCUGUCAGCACUCGUGGUGCUUUUAGUAUAGAUGGAGAGCGGUCUUCCUUCCAACCGUUUCAAGUUGAGGUUCAUCCGCAGCUGGGUAUGACACUGGUCACACCGCCUGGAGUUGAAGAGCGGUAA